AUGAAGCAUCUGGCUUUACCCCUGUCCAUCGCUCUUUGUGCGCGCUCUGUAGCCGGUCAGCUAGCCGCGUCGGUCGGCUAUGCGCCAGUGCUCGCGCCAUGCCCGCCUGGCGUAUCUCUUCUCAGAGAGGUAGGCACCGUCGACCAAUUUCUCAGCGACGAAGAGCACGCCUACGUAGCAGGCAGACGAUCCGAAGUGCUUCCUGACGCAUGGGGAUCGUACCUGGCGGCAGUGACCCACAGCGUGGCAGGCGUAACAAGCCUCCCAGAAUACGUCGCAGACAUACUGCGCGGCACGUACGGCGAACGCGGAUACCCGCACUUCGGGAUCGCCACCAGCGGCGGCGGCUACAGGGCGGCUAUCUUCGGGGCUGGCGUGCUCAACACCCUGGACGGUCGCAACGCGUCCUCGGUGCAGGCAGGAACCGGCGGCCUGCUCCAAGCGGCCACUUACCUUGCCGGCUUGUCUGGAGGCAGCUGGCUCGUCACGUCGCUCGCGCAGGCAAACUUCCCCACCUUGCCGGAGCUUAUUUUUGCCCCCUCCGCAGCUAGCACGGACAGUUUCGGGGGCUGGCUGACGCAGUACGACUUAUUGGAGCCCGGAAACAGUUCAGUUGCGGUCGACGCAUAUGUCCUCGAGCUCGUGGAGGAGAUCAUGGGGAAGCACGUUGCGGGCUUCCCGGUGACCGUCAGCGAUGUAUGGGCGCGAACGCUUUCGCGGCAUUUCGUGAAUGGAACCGACGCCAACGACUUCUGGGACGACGCUCUGCCACACGGCGCGGGACUCACCUUUUCCGCGAUUGCGAAGCUAGACACAUUCGCGAAUUACGCGCAGCCAUUCCCGAUUAUCGUCACCGACUCCCUCUCACCGAACGGAAACGAGUCCAAUGUGUUCAACGAGACCGACAUCGUCAUACCGCUGACGAAUCCCAUCUACGAGAUCAACGUCUUCGAGUUUGGCUCGUUCGAUCCUACGCUCGCCGCCUUCACUCCAACCGAGUACUUGGGCUCUCCUAACGACAGCCUGUGUGCCACCAACUUCGAUCAACUGUGCUUCAUUGAGGCGAUGUCAUCGAAUGAAUUUAAUACUUAUAACACCUCAGUAACUCUGGCGGCGUCCCCGAUAGCAGCUGUCCUCGAGUUGCUAACGGAUCUGAUCCCUGAAUCUGGGAUAGAGCUCGACGUAUCGCUCGUGCCCAAUCCGUUCUACGGCGUGGCUCCUUCCACUUAUAUUGACAGCAAGGAGACACUUCUGCAGCUAGUUGAUGGCGGCGAGGAUGGUGAGGUCGUACCAUUCAUGCCGCUGUUGGUGAAGGCACGCAAUGUGGAGGUCAUUUUUGCGAUUGACGCUGCGGCGGACACCGAGGACAACUGGACGGCUGGGCUAUCCGCGAUUGCAACGCAAGACCGGAUGACGUUCUUCCCCGGCACAUACGCCUUCCCGCCAGUGCCCCCGCUGGAAUCCACGUUCCUGGCGCACAAUCUCACGAAACGCCCCACCUUCUUCGGCUGCGAGAGCACCGCGGAGUCUGGGGAGCCGCUCGUCAUUUACCUCGCGAACGGCGGCCCGCCGCUGGGGCAGCCGCCGCUCACGAAUACGUCGACGUCGCAAUUCGUAUACUCUGCGGACGAGAUUGACGGCAUGCUCUCGCAGGCAUUCGACGUCGCCACGCAGGGCAUACCAGAGGGGCUGGAAAAGGACGCGCUGUGGCCGGCGUGCCUUGCAUGCGCGGUUGUGGACAGAUCCAGGAGGCGGGAGAGGAUCGAGCGCAGUGGGGUGUGCGAGAGCUGUAUGGAGCGGUAUUGCUGGAGUUGA